AUGAGAAUGAUCCCAGAAAGUAAAGAUAUCCCACCAUGGGUGAAAGUUCUGGAAGAUCUGAAAGAUGAAGAGGUGUUCCAGGUCCAGACACCCCUGGCAGGAUCCAUGUUUGGUCCAGACUGAUCUCAGAUCCUAGAGUAGGUGAAAGAGGCCAUGCUUCAUCUAAAAGCAUUGGAAUCAUCAGACCUCACCAAGGUCGUGGUUUAUGGCUCCUACUUGUGUAAGCUCCAGAACAAACGAAUGUUCCAGUCUUUGGCUGAGUGGCCCCAAGUGCAGGAGUGAGGGAUUCUCAAACUUGGGAAAGCCAUGAGUGCCCUCCCUCUAUGUCCUCAGAGGAAGUGA